GGGAACAUCUGAAAAGAAUGGAAAACGAAGAACAAAUGACCAAAAUGGAACUUCAUUUGGAAUCUCAAAUACGUAUUGAAAGGACAGUGAAAGAAGAAGUUGACACGAAGAAAACCAUUGAAAAGAAGCUGCGUGAAAAUUGCUCGUGUUCGUUGGAUAAGCUUAAAAACCUUAUUACUGGUUUCUUCCCUGUCCUCCAUUGGCUCCCACGAUACAAGUUCAAAGAAUGGAUUUUAGGUGAUACCAUUUCAGGUUUGCUUGUUGCUGUUGUUAUAGUUCCUCAAGCAAUAGCAUAUGCAUUGCUUGCUGGUCUAGAAACCAGCUCCAGUUUGUAUGCAUCCUUUUUCUCCUGCAUUAUUUAUUUCUUAAUGGGUACCUCACGCCACAUUUCAGUGGGCAUUUUCAGCUUAAUAUGCCUCUUGGUGGGCCAGGUGGUCGAUCGAGAACUUCUUCUGGCUGGAUAUGAAGUUGAAGAUUUCACAGUGUUGCCAUCAGCAAUGAACAAUGCAAAUAACUGGACCAGCAGUAAUGUUACUACAUCCAUGAUAAUGAAUAUCACUUUUCCUGGAUCACUGAAUAUGGAAUGUGACAGAAAAUGCUAUGCAAUCAGUGUUUCAGCUGCCCUAACAUUCAUGUGCGGUGUUUAUCAGUUACUGAUGGCAAUUUUCCAUCUUGGAUUCGUAUCCAAGUAUCUAUCUGAACCCUUGCUGGAUGGAUUUGCAACUGGUGCCUCGAUUACCAUCGUAACAAUGCAAGUCAAGUACCUCAUUGGAGUAAAGCUGCCGCGUAGCCACGGACCUGGCAGUGUUGUCGUAACUUGGAUAAACAUUUUCAAGAACAUUCACAAUACCAAUUUAUGUGAUCUGAUAACAACUGCCAUUUGUAUGCCUUUGCUAGUUAUUUCAAAGGAAUUAGGGGAAAGAUACAAGGACAAGUGUAAGUUUCCCUUCCCAAUGGAAUUAGCUAUUGUCGUUAUCGCUACAAUUAUAUCUCAUUUUGUAAACCUAAAUGAAAUAUAUGGUUCAAGUAUUACUGGCCCAAUCCCCACUGGCUUCUUACCUCCCACAGUUCCGAGUUUGACUAUGUUACCAAGAGUUGCUAUUGAUGCUAUAACACUUGCAAUCAUUAGCUUUGCCUUCACAAUUUCACUGUCUGAGUUGUUUGCAAAGAAGCAUGGAUACACAAUUCAAGCAAAUCAAGAGACUUAUGCUCUUGGAUUCUGUAAUGUAAUUCAAUCAUUUUUUCAUUCUUAUGCUUCCAGUGCAACUCUGGUUAAAACACUUGUUAAAGAUUCCAGUGGCUGUCAGACUCAGCUCUCUAGUCUUGUGAGUGCUGUGCUGGUGUUAAUGUUGCUCCUUUUCUUAGCUCCUGUAUUUUAUUCUCUGCAGAAAUGUGUUCUGGCAUGCAUUAUUAUAGUCAGCCUCAGGGGAGCUCUCAUGAAAUUUCGUGACCUACCACAGUUAUGGAGAAUGAGCAAAAUUGACACUAUGGUUUGGUGGGUCACAAUGUUGUCUGUGUGUUUAAUAAGCACUGAACUGGGGCUUUUUACAGGGGUAACAUUUUCACUUCUGUGUGUCAUAGUUCGCACUCAGGUACCUAGGACAGCUUUGUUAGGUCGGAAGCAGGACUCAACUCUGUAUGAAGAUCAAGCAGAAUAUAAUAAUCUUUCAUCUAUUCCCCAAAUUAAAAUAUUUCGUUUUGAAGCUGCCCUAUACUAUUGCAAUAAAGAUUACUUUAUGGAGAGCCUAAUGAGGAAGGUUGGUCUGAAUCCUGCCCUGGAGAUGGCAAAGCAGAAAAAAGCAGAAAACAAGCAAAAAGGAAAAAAGAAAUCAGGGGAAACAUUCAAUGGUAACAUCAAUCAAGAACAGCCUGUUGUCAUCAAAGAAUUGAUUCCCAAGAUCUACAAUUUUCACACAAUUAUUCUAGAUUGUUCCGCCAUCCAAUUUUUGGAUAGUGUUGGUAUUAAUACAAUGAAGACAGUCCUGAAGGAUUAUAACGACAUUGGUAUUACAGUCCUCCUAGCCAACUGCAAUCCUUCAGUGCUUGAUUCUUUGAGUAGGGGACAGUACUUUGGAGAAAAUUGUAAGGAGAUGGACAACUUGUUUUUCUAUUCUGUGCAUACAGCUGUUCAGUAUGCUGAAGUCAAAUGGUCUGAGUCAGGUCAUUCCUCUCUCUAAAUGUUUCUGCAUUUGUUGAUAAAUAUUGACCAUGCACUAUGAAAAUGGCAAUAUGAGUACAUUUUAAAAGGCUUAUAAUCUAAGCUAUAGAUCACUGGAUAUUUUAAUCAUAACUGAAGCUGUUUUUUCAUUUGUUACAGCACAGUAAAUUAAUCUACCAGAUAUUUGGUCAAAUAAAUUGGAAAUAUCCUUAUUUAGAGCUGGCUCUAAUUUACAUGGGUAACUGAGGGUUUUUUACAACACAUUUAAUAUUGCCUAGUGAAGAUGGAAUUAAAUAAUGGGGGGUAUACAAAAGUGCUGGAGAAACUCAGCGGGUGCAGCAGCAUCUAUGGAGCGAAGGAAAUAGGCAACGUUUCAGGCCAAAAUCCUUCUUCAGACUUGGUUGCAAGCCAGUGAACCCUGAUGGAAUUAUUCUUGAAUAUAAAAGAUGACAAUAAUUGCCUGACAAAUAGAUAUGAAUAAAUAUUCAGUGGGAAGAUGAAAGUUU